AGCAAAGGAAAUCCAAGCCAAGAAGUUCAAGGACAGGAUUGCAUCAAAAGAAAAGAAGUAUGUCAUCGGUUCAGACCCUGAUAAGAAGAGCAAAAAGCAGCUCAUCAUGAUGAUUGGAGACAGAGGAACUGGCGUUAGAAGCACCAUUAGAGGGUAUAACAGAUACGGUGGUACAUGGAAAGCGAAGAUUCAUGGAAGAUAUGCAGCAUCCUGUAUAACCAAUGAGCACAACUCGUCGCAAAUUUGUGUAUAUUGUUUCAAAAAGGUAGUGCAUCCAAAGAAGGAAAAGAAGAUCCAUGGUAAAGUAAAAAGAGUUGAUAGCAAUUGAAGCGCCAUUUGCAUCAAUCCAGACUAUGUUGCAUUUAAAGUUGGUCAAGCCGUGCAAUCUCGCGAUAAACAGUCUGCAUUAUUGAUUAGUCUACACGGUGUCUCUCGCCUGUUAAGAAGAGCGCCUUUUCCAAUUCUCGAUCCCAAAACCAGU